GACAACAACAAAAGCCGCGCGCGGAGCUCAGGGUUUAGCUCCAAAACUUUGGCAGGUUUUUUUUAUUAUUAAAUCUUUAUAAAAGGGAAAAAUCUCGAGUUAAACGGAAACAUGAAGUUCCGCGGGAAGAUCAUCGACGUGGCCUGUUUAAACCACUUCACCCGUGUGUGUAACACCAUCUCCAGACUCACCAAGUCGUGCGUCCUGCGUCUCACCCCCGACCAUCUGUUUUUUAUUCUGUCUGAGAAAGUCGCCAACGGAGGAGUGAGCAUGUGGUGUGAACUCGCCCAGGUGAACUUCUUUGACGAGUACCAGAUGGAGGGAGUGACUCUGGACGAUAAUGAGAUCUGCCUGGAGGUGGCGCCGGAGAAUCUGGCACGAGCUUUAAAAACAGUUCAGAACAGCAAAGCUCUGAAAGUCAAACUCACCAAGAAACACUGUCCCUGCCUCACCGUCGCCGCCGACCUGCCGUCCCUGUCGUCCGUGAGUCGAGUCGUCACACACGACGUUCCGGUCGACAUCGUUCCCAGAAAACUGUGGCACGAAUUUAAGGAGCCUCAUAUGCCCGACUUCGACGUCAGUAUUUACCUUCCUCCGCUCAAAACCCUGAAGAACGUGGUGGACCGGAUGAAGAACCUGUCUCAGUUCCUGGUUCUGGAGGCGAACAUGAGCGGAGAGAUGAACCUGAAGAUCGAAACGGACCUGGUCUCAGUCACGACUCACUUUAAAGACCUGGGGAACCCGCCCUGGGGAGAUGACGUGUCUCAGCGGGAUCGUGAGGUCAUGGCUCAGGUUCGACUGGACGUCCGGAGGCUGCAGCAGUUUCUGACGGGUCAACAGGUCCACCCCACCAAGGCCCUGUGCAACUUGGUCCAUCAUCGCCUCGUGCACCUGAUCCUGCUCCAUGAAGACGUGUCCCUGCAGUACUUCAUCCCCACUGUGGCCUAGAGGGGGCGCCGUGGUACAGGGAGCGUCGUGAGGAGGCGUCGUGAGGAGGCGUCGUGAGGAGGCGUCGUGAGGAGGCGUCGUGAGGAGGCGUCGUGAGGAGGCGUCGUGAGGAGGCGUCGUGAGGAGGCGUCGUGAGGAGGCGUCGUGAGGAGGCGUCGUGGUACAGGAAUCACUGACUCCUCUGGACUCUGGCCUCCUGCGGGGCAUCUGAGCCUCAACAGCACUUUGUUGUAACAUGUUUUGUAAUUAAAGAGACUUUUUGUGUA